AUGAAUGCCAAAGAUCUGUUUGAGGUCUUCAAGGUAUAUGGAGUCAUAUCAGAAGUUUUUAUUUCUGCUAAGAGAGAUAAGCGAGGUAAUAUAUUCGGUUUCGCCAAAUUUCAGAAAGUUCAUAAUCCAAGAAUCCUGGCAUGUAACCUUGAUAGCAUUGUUUUGGAAGGAAAUAAAAUCUAUGUCAAUGUACCCAGGUUUAGUAAAGAGAACAAAAGGUAUCUUCCUGUUAAUGAGAAGAACAAAAGGCACCUUUCUGAUUGUGAAAAUUUGAGGAGUAACUUUCAAACUGGUGGUACCAGGAACUUCUUGAAACCUAAUAUCCAGGAUAGGUCCUUUGCCAAAGUGGUAAGAGGAGAUUACCCUAAGUUUGUUGAUAGGACCAAGGUAGGAGGUUAUUGCACAAAACAUGAGCUGGAUGAUGAAUGGUCAAGGAGGUUGAAUAGUAUGAGAGUGGGUGAAGUCAUGGAGGAUGGAAAUGCUUUCAACAUUCAGAAGCUAAUUUUUGAAGAAGACUACUUUAACAUUAAGGCUACUCCAUUGGGAGCUUCAUUGUGUUUGCUGGAAGACACAUCAGGUGGAGACUUAGAAGCUUUUAUCAAGGAAGUUAGAGUAUGGUUAGAUGUCUGGUUCAAAGACAUCCGCAAGUGGAAAAUGGAGGAAAUUGACAGGGAUAGGAUGGUGUGGGUAUAUUUCUAUGGUCUACCUUGUGUCGCCUGGAGUGAGAAAAAUUUCAGGAAGAUUUCUACCAGCUUGGGAUCGUUUGUUAAAAGUGAUGAGAAGACGAGGAACAAAGAGAAAUUGGAUAUAGCGAGAUUUCUUAUUAAAACAAGACUCAUUAAUAUUCUGAAUUUCUUGGUUGACAUUGAAGUGAACAAUCAUACUUUUUCAAUCUCAAUCACAGAAGAUUUUUCGUGUGGAAGGGUAGACCCUUUGUUUGGUGAAGAAGAUGAGGUGAUAGAUUCAGAUGAAUUUGAUUCCUCAAACCCAUCAGAUUCAGAGGGCGUGUGGGAGAUACCUGAAGAGGAAGAAAGUGAAGAUCUCAAAUCCUUGUUCUCAGAGACAGGAGCCAGAGUUCCCAAUAUUGAUAUCCAAAAGGCAGAUGGUGACUUCUCAGUGUCAGACAUUGUAUCAGUUGUUGGGGAUAGCUUAGGGUCAAGUGUACAAGGAAAUGGGAUAAGAAGGAAAAAUCAUAAUAAGGUUUCAGCCGCUCUGUUUAGUUCAGAAGGAACUAAACCAGUUAACUUUAUGGCUGACCUAAAACUCACUAAGUCCAAAGCAGUUAUCGAGGUACCCAGUCUUGAUGGGGAAUUGGUGGUAGACCUGGGUCUGCCUCAUCCAAUUAGUGGGCCUUUAGGAGGAGUUAUUGGGCCUGCUGUUAUAGGUAAAGCAAAAAAAAAACCUCUUCAUGAGGUUUAUAAUUGCAUUAAAAUACCAUACACUCCCUCUUAUUUUUCCACUCUUCUUCUCACGGCUCCCAAGGAGAAUCUUAAACCUGUGUCGAAAGGAAAAACUAGGGAGGAUAAUAUGAAGAAAAAGUUGUCUAAAGAAAUUUUUGAAUCUAAUUCAACUCUAUUAUGUUGCGAAUCGAUUACCGACACUGACGUGGAAAGGGGUGAUUCGAGAUGCAGAAGGGCCAUUGUUGAUGUUCCAUCUAAAUUGGGUGAUUUUCUUAAAGUUCUGGGUAUUCAGGGCGAAGAUGAAGAGGUUAUCGGGCGAACUUUGAGGAUUUUGGAUAACGCAUAUAAGGAAGCUGGUCAAGGUAAGAAGGAUGUAGCUACUAUUGAUCCAUGA